AUGCGCAUGCCCCCAGAGAUGGACGAGAACCACCCUGACUCCGUCCUUCUAUUGCACAUGAGCCUAUACGGAGCCAAACAGAGCGGACGAAAUUGGUUCCAGGAGGCGUCAAGAAUCCUCUGCGAUGAAUUACACUACGAUCAGUUGCAGAAAGACCCAUGCAAGUUCGUAAAGUGCAACGCCGACGGAUCACUACGCGAAUCCAUCUUACUCUACGUAGAUGACUUCCUCUUCCUGGGAGAAUUACAAUAUUUCAACGCAUUCAUGGACAGCAUGAGUAAGCACGUGGAGAUAUCGGCAGGUCAGCGGAGCCGCGACGUCAUCAAGAUUUGGAAUGGACUCGAGAUUCGAAGACUUCAAGACGGCAAGAUAGUCGUGACUCAAAUCGCCAAGAUACGAGGGAUUUCACGUGAUUUCGGUGCGGAGAUCGAGGAACUUGAGAGGCGAUCAUCCGCCAAAGCGACGAGCCCGGAAUAUUCGAACGAGAACAACUUCGACCCACGAGAUAUGAUUGACCCGAAGAAGACGGCCGACGCCCGCGAAAAGCGUAUCGUCCAAAAAUAUCAGGAAAUGGUCGGGUCGCUCAUGUACGUAGCGACGUACACACGGUUCGACAUUGCGUUCGCGAUGAGCAAAGCUUCCAGACUCAUGCACGCGGCAUCAGAAAAACACAUUCGUGGUGCAGCGCGCAUCAUCAAGUAUUUGAGGGGCAACGAGAAUGUCCCGCUCGUCUUCGACGGCAGUCAGUGCGCGAACGACGGCGAGCCGAAGAUAUUCUGCUCCGUCUACAGUGACUUUGGCGGUGAACCACUUCACACCAAGAAUGAACUCGACAUGGGCAGAAGGUCAACGAGCGCGUGCAUCAUCAUGUGCAGCGGAGCACCUAUUUUCUGGAAAAGUAAAGUUCAGAAGAAAGUGGCGCUCGCGUCCGGCGAAGCCGAGUUCCGCGCACUAAGCUACGCACUCAAGGAAGUGACUUUCUGCAUUUAUUUACUACGCGAAAUGGGAUUCAAUACGAAGUACGUACCCAUUUUUUGUGAUGCUUCAGUGGGCGUUGCUCAAGCGAAGCGCGAUGGUCUCUCCUGGGUAGAAGGUACCAAACAGUACGAAAUUGAACUUUCGGCGGCAUACCAAAUGUGCAGAGAAGGAAUGAUCAUGCCUCUCAAGAUCGGCACAGAUGAGAACCCAGCUGAUCUCCUGACGAAGUCGGACCCCGGAGGACCAGAAGUCAGAGCUCGGCACGUUACCAGGAUCUCAGGCACGUCGAAGGAACCGUUUCAAUCCUGGAUCAGGCGACAAUUAGCCGACUUUCAGGGAUCGUCGGUGUCGCGACACGGGCACGUGUCAAAAUCAGAUUUCGAGCGCAUGUGCGGACUCGGAAAUUACAAGACAGUACAAACGAAUAAGAAGUAA